AUGUCGUCUCUAUCAACUGUUGUCACGACUUCCUUUCUUUUGGGCAACCUCCAUUGCCCAACUUGCGUUACCCUGAUCCGUUCCCUAUUACACGAUACAUUCGGCGACUGCGUACUAUGGGUUUCUCCUAAUCUCGUCACUUCUGUCGUCGCAAUCGAGCACAAAGAUAGUUCCUUUGCCUCUGUCGGCAGCAUGCAAACAGUUCUUCAGGACGCCGGCUUUGAUGUGUGCGGCGUCAACACCACUGCAAACUCUGCAAAUGAUCUUCACCGCAUCUCACAAAUCCAUGGGGGGAGCAGCCGCGAUGCAGAGCACUCCGAUGGUUGGCUGGAUUCAUUUUUCCAGUUUUGGCGCCCACAAGUUUCGCAGCUUGCUCUUGAGAAGGCUCGUGAGGCUCAUCUAGAAAACUGUGAGGCAUGCAAGCUCGAGAGACAUACGCAGCAGUCUUUCCCAUCAGAUGAUAAGCGACAGCUGGUGAGAACUUCUACUAGUGUAUAUGAUACUCCUGCGAGACGCGACUCUGCGCCUCAUCCUUUGCAAAAUGUGGUCAUAGAUACAGCACCUGCUCCGUCGUCUAGAGUGACACUCUCUAUUGGCGGCAUGACUUGUGCUGUUUGUGUCAACACAAUCACACAGGAGAUUGAAAAGUAUCCCUGGGUCACAAAGAUAGCUGUCAACCUCGUGUCUAACAGCGCGGCCAUCGAAUACACCGAUGGAGACCGGGCUCAAGAAAUCGCAGAUGCCAUCGAAGAUUUAGGAUACGAGGCUUCGAUCGAUCAGGUUGUCAACCCGCAGGAAGCCAAGCCAUCAGUUAAUGAGCGUGAGGUCGAGGUCCGCGUUGACGGGAUCUUCUGCUCGAGAUGCCCACCACGAAUCGUCACGACACUCAAGAGUCUUGCCCCAGAUCGACUCCAAGUUCUGCAAGAGCCAACCGUUCAAAACCCCAUUUUGAGAAUUCGAUAUGCCCCUAAUGCUUAUACUUUUACCAUCAGACAGAUUUUGCGCGCCAUCGAAGCAGCUGAUGAGUCUCUCAAAGCAUCCAUCUACCACCCCCCAACACUUGAAGAGCGAUCUCGAGCUAUCAGAGCCAAACAUCAAAGAGCACUGCUGUACCGCGAGAUCAUCACGCUCAUCUUCGCCGUACCUACUUUCAUUCUCGGAAUAGUGUACAUGAGCUUACUUCCCGAUUCGGAUCAUGGAAAGAUGUACCUCAUGAAACCUUGGGUCUCUGGACUGAGCCGCCUUGACAUUGCACUUUUCAUCCUCGCUACUCCAGUCUACUUCUUUGCUGCUGAUGUGUUUCACAUCCGUGCAAUCAAAGAAGUUCGAACAAUGUGGCGUUCGGGAAGCCGCAUGCCCGUCAUGCAACGUUUCUACCGAUUUGGUAGCAUGAAUAUGCUUGUUUCGUUGGGAACCAGCAUUGCCUACAUAUCCUCAGUGGCACAGAUGAUUUCCACGGCUGCAUCCAGCCGCAAUCAUCAUGGAUCCGGAGCCGAAAUGUACUUUGACUCUGUUGUCUUCUUGACACUGUUUCUACUCGCAGGCAGGCUCAUCGAGGCAUACAGCAAGUCAAAGACUGGUGAUGCGGUUGAGAUGCUAGGCAAGCUUCGGCCAACAACAGCCCUACUUCUAGAAAAGGAGCCUUCUGGGAACCAAAUAACUAGUACUGUUCCUGUCGACCAACUUGACUCUGGAGACCUUAUUCGCGUGCCUCACGGUGCGUCUCCAGCUGCUGACGGCAUUGUCGUUAGUGGAGAGACCAACUUUGAUGAGUCGAGUCUCACUGGCGAGUCACGCCCUAUCAAGAAAACAGAAGGAGAUACAGUCUUUGCUGGAACAAUCAAUAAAGGAGCAGCAGUCAUUAUACGUGUUACAGGUACCUCUGGGAAAUCAAUGCUCGAUCAAAUCGUUCAGGUCGUUCGAGAGGGUCAGACAAAACGAGCACCUAUCGAGCAAAUUGCGGACCUAUUGACUACAUAUUUCGUGCCAGUCAUCACUCUCAUUGCUGUUCUCACCUGGAUCAUCUGGAUGGUGGUUGGCUUUGCCGGAGGUGUCCCCGAUCACGAUGCAACCUCUUCUAGUGGCUCGGUUGUGUUUGCUCUCCAGUUUGCUAUUGCUGUUUUUGUUGUUGCAUGCCCUUGUGGUCUCGCCCUCGCAGCGCCCACAGCCAUCUUUGUCGGAGGCGGUAUCGCUGCUAAGCACGGUAUUCUUGCCAAGGGUGGUGGUGAGGCGUUUGAGAAGGCGAGCAACAUUGAUUGCGUUGUGUUUGAUAAGACGGGUACUCUCACUGAGGGAGGGGAGCCGCAGGUCACCGAUUCCGUCAUCUUUCCGGACACUCCAUCUGCAAAUGAUGAUGAGCGCCAGGCGCUUCUGUCUGCGCUCAAGGCCGUCGAGGAGAGCAGCAGCCAUCCUAUAGCCAAGGCGAUUGUUUCAUUCUGCGGUGAUGCUCCGGCUGGGGAAAUUACUAACAUUGAGGAAUUGGUCGGAAGAGGCAUGAAAGCCUCGUUUAGAGGUGUCGAUGGCCAAACCGACAUAAUCAUUGGCAACGAACUACUGAUGCGAGACUUUUCUGUCACUGUUUCGUCUCACAUCUGCUCACUUCUUGACACCUGGAAAUCCGAGGCCAAGUCUGUCGCUUUGGUCGCCACAAAGGAAUCAACGGCCGAAGCCUGGACACUGGCAGCGGCACUUUCCAUCUCAGAUCCCAUCCGCCGCGAAACUGCUCCCGUGAUCAAAGCCUUGAUCUUACGAGGUAUUCAAGUUUGGAUGCUGUCUGGUGACAACAUUACGACAGCCCGCGCGGUGGCGCAGCGCGUAGGCAUUCCCUCGUCUAAUGUCCUAGCAGAGGUUCUCCCUUCGGACAAGGCGGCCAAAAUCUCAUCGCUCCAAGCCUCCCUCCACGCAAGCGGGUCGACGUCCAAACGCGCAACUGUCGCCAUGGUCGGCGACGGAAUCAACGACUCCCCCGCGCUCACCACUGCCGAUGUGGGCAUCGCCAUAGGAACGGGAAGCGACGUGGCCAUCAGUAGCGCAGCCUUUGUCCUCGCAACAUCGCAGUUGACAGCUGUCGUCACACUUUUGGAUCUCAGCCGCGCCGUGUUUCGUCGCAUUCGGGUCAACUUUGCUUGGGCCCUUGUGUACAAUAUGCUGGCCGUGCCCGUUGCGGCUGGGUGUUUCUAUCCCAUGGUAACUUCCGGCGGGGAACAUGUCAAGCUGGACCCCGUAUGGGCAGCUCUUGCGAUGGCUCUGUCAAGUAUCAGUGUGGUAUUGAGCAGUCUGAGCCUACGGUGUCGGGUUCCUAUUGUCGGGUUUCGGCACCGCAGUAUUGAAGUCGACGAGGAGUAA